AUGUUUGGCUCGGCAGGAGGCAAGUGGAACGACUUAUUUUGCGAUGUCGAUCCAGCAAAGCAUUUGAAGAUCGCGCCAGUUAUUCUUUGUAAGAAAAAUGCAAAAUAAGUGACUUGCGUCCUUAAGUCCUUUAAGACAGCGUAAAUAAUGAGAGUCUUUGUUGUAAUGCAAUUUAUCAAAGUAAAUAGGAUAUAAAUCAAAGCUAACGAUUUUGGGCAAGGAUGAGGUGCGCACUUCUUGUAGUGGGAAUUGUUCGUCGAAUGAAGCAGAUUAAGAUUGAAAAUAGAUUAAUCAAAAUAAAAAAGAAGAUUACACUUAAAAAUUGCUGUCCUCUUGUUUAUGAUCUUUAUUUGCUACUUUUACUAAUGGAUCGUGUGUCUUUCAGUUGAAGGUAGACAACUAUUUCUAGACAUAAUAGGAUAAUAGGGAUCUCAGGCUAGCAUGAUUAUAAACUCGAGUUGCCAACUACAAUAAGCGCCCAGAAAAUAAUAAAUAUACAAUAAAUAAACGAAAAAAAGCUUGUUUCUUACAACACAAAAAUGUUUUGAUAGUUUGACCACCUGCCACGAAUCAAACUUGAGAAAAGUGUCAGCAAUGUAUAGGCUUAGUGUCCUACUGUUGUUUUUCUUGUGAGGAGCCUUUUCAUCCAAAUGCUGCUAUUUCUACGAAGUAGGCUUCACAGGUGACGUCAUAUCUGAUUACCGUAUAUGGGCUAAUGAACUCCCGGGGAGUCCAUUUAAUUUUACGGGUCCAAGUAGUCUCCCUCGUAGCCGUUUUUAGUAACGUCACGCAACGCUCCUCGGCGUUGCGUGACGACAUUUAAACGGCUGGGAGGAGACUUGGGUCCAAGCAAAGGUGUUUAAUAGGUAGGAGGCGUUAAAAAAGAGAAACGCCUUUAUUCUCAUAAAUUCAACAAGGUCAAGAAAGCUAAUAUACUUUCUGUGAAAACAUCAAGAGAGUUUCAAAUUUAGCGGGAUAUCCACUCUAUCAAUUGAUACGUGUAGAGAUCCACAUCUCUCUUUCAAAUCGCAACAGUAAUUGAUGUCAGAAUCCUUCCUUGUGUUGUCAUCGUUGGUCUAUCCUUACUUUGAACUUAACAUUGAACAAGAUGAAAUAUGCAAAGCCUCGUUAAUCAAGUAAGAAACUGAAUGAUUUUGCUCCUAUUUCUGUUUCCUUGUAUUUCGGGGUAAUUCUCAUGGGGGGAGGGGGGCGUCAAUUAGACAGGGAGUGUUUAUUAGAGAGGGGCGUCUAAUACAACUUUAAAAGCGUAGAGGGGGGUGCUUAUUAGAUAAGAGGCGUUUAUUUGGGCGUAGGCGCUUAUUAGAUCAUUUAUGGUACACAGAAGACCUCGUUCCCAGGGUCCUUUCACCGAGAGCUAGUAACUAGUGAUUGACAUAACGAACGCGCAUUCAAGACCUGCGUACAGGUGUUUUCCGGUGGGGGAGGGGGGUUGUAUCGCACUGUAAUCCCUUUGGUUUUUGCUGCACUAGCCACAUGACGUUUUUCUCCUCCUCCCCCCUCAUCUCUCCUGACCGAAUCUGCCUCUACUUUUAACAUAGAAAAUGCCGACAGCUAGCGGCGGGAAAAACUGAGCGCUUGGGUGCACGAAAACAUACGCCUGCACUGCAGACUAUGAUGCACUGAUCUCGGCUUUCAUCUCAUAAAGGUUUCCUCCGCCUUCGUGGGUUUCUUUUGGUUCUCUGCCGCUUUUCAAAUUAACACUCAAGUCUCACUAGACCCCUGUGUAAGUUUUGGUGAGUUCAGAUCUUACUGACGAUUUCUUUGGGGAACUACUUCAAGCGUUUGCAACUGUUCGACUGGUUUGAACUUGGGAACGCACCAUCUCCAUCGGGCUCCUGAGUUUCAGACAAUUACUACAUAGAAAUCUCUCGCAGUCAAACAGUGGCUUGUUUCAGCGCUCUUUUUUCUUGCAAAGCCUGCAAGUGCUCUCACCACAAUCGGCACUUUGUUGAACAGUGAGAAGACUGAGUAAGCUAUUCGGCAACUGAUGAAAUCUGUUUCCCUCGUGCAGGAAUGGCAAUUUGUGGAAGAUAGGAUUAACUCAGAGUCGCUAGAGCUAGAGAUCAUCCUGGAUUUUCCAGUUAGCUUUAAGGUCUCGGUAAAGGAAAACGAGGUGCCCACAGAAAAAAAUUCUAGUCGCGCGAGUAUUUUCGCUACAAAGGCAAGUUAUAUAUCAAAAUAAAGCUAAAAGACUAAAUUACCUUAUUACCCUAAAGCCAGUGUACAGGAAAGUCACAAGAUGAUAACAAAAAGAAAGGCAAGAGGAAACAGUAAACAUUGCUUUUCGUUAAACGUGUUUCACCAGUUGAGCCUUAGAUGAAGAAUACCCUCACAAGUGAAAGGCGCUUGACUGGCCUCUUACUACUGUUGAGAAUCAAUCAAUGGGUGAGAAACGGCGAUAGGUGAACUCAUUUUCAAUCUCAGAGUCAAGGAAGGAAAUAUUACCGCCAUCAGUUACAGGUGAUUUUAACAUGGCCAGGUCGUACCAGCGGACCCUUCGUGGCUAGAAAGGCAGAUGAAUAUUCUGGCAGUUAAAAUUGAAGAUAGACUCUUGUGUUUGAUUCUACUGCCGCAUAUAAAACCUUUUAACAGAGAAUGCUAACGAAUAACACUUGACUUUCACUGGAAACUUGUCUAAAGGCGAUUCACCACUUUAUAAACGAGAAGGGGACUGGAACCGAAACGAGUCCCGCUAUUGGUUCUGGGAUCGUAAGAAUCGGUCAGCGAUUGGCCAAUAUUUUCCCCUGUCCCUGCUAACAGUCCCAGAAACCUUUGCGAAAGUUAACUGGGCCCAGUUUCCUCGUUCCAAAAGUGACAAAUGCAGCUUACAAAUCACGGCAAACGGUUGAAAGGUUUACGUUAUAUUCUUGAACUUAUAUUGACCGCUUUCCACAAAAUAGUGUCACAGGUUAUUACUGCUUUUCAGUUUCACACAAUCUUCAGUUUGCAACAGGGACUGGUAUGAAUUAACAAUGAAAGGUGAAAAACUGACUAACCUUUAAACUCGCCUUUAAAUUCACCAAUCUUUGCCUUAAGCAUUGUUAACAGAACCAGCAGAGAAAUAAUAGUGGCUCCACCGGUGACAAAUACCAUAACUUCUCUGUAGUACAGAUCACAUUUAGGGCAACAUGCUCUGAAAAGAACCAUGGAGCUAAUUGAUUAAAUCGACUUUGAACAAUUAAAGGGGUUAUUGUCACGCUAUUUGCUACUUAAUAAAAAGUUAAAACGCGUCUUCUCAUGAACUAAAUUCUCAAACAAUGGUCCAGUUUUGUCAUUUAAAACUCUAUUAACCGUAAAUCCUCUACUAAGCCCUCCCGGGGGGCUUAUAUUUUUUCAAGCACUUUUGAGCGUAUAUAAAGUGUAAGCUUGAGUAUAAGGAAAAACAACUGCUUUAUUCCCUGUGGAUAGAGAUUAAUCCGGUGGGUAAUGCUAUCAAUACCCUGGGUACCGAGAGGGUUCCUUUUAACUCUCUUUCGCUUUGCGGACAACGGAAUUGACGGGUGAGGGCGACCUCGCAGCUGAGGCAUGGACAUGUGUUUCCAUGUUCGCGCCUCAGGCCUUUUUAAGAGGGAAAUAUAUAUCCGUAGCAAGAGUUUCCAAACGCUUUUGUUUCAUGUAGUCAGGACAUGCAGUCAGGGGAUCCCCAAUAGGGGUUCUUCAAUCCCGUGACCCCGACCCAAUACAAAUCCCGUAGUUCCGAUGGUUAUUUUUGUUAUCCCGCAUCCAGUGCAUACUUUCAAACCCGAUUUUGCCUUCAAACACCGAAUCCCGGCCUUCAAAUAAGGAAACCAGUCCCUCAACCCGUAACACCUAUACCUAUCACACCUAUUGGAGAACUUAUUGUCCCUGUCGAUACGUAUACUCUACUUUUGAAUAGGCGAUUGACUUUGUUAUAUGCUGUUGCAAACCUUCGUUCUGUCGUUGGAUAGCAUUUGUGUUAUGUCAGAUCAAGGUUCAUGUUUAUUUUGAAACUCGAAUGAUAAUGAUUGAUAUCUUUACGAUUAUCUCUCUUCACAACGUUUGAAAGUACUGCAGCUCAUAUUAAAUAACAUCUAAGAGCACUGUUUAUACUAAAUGCGAGGAUUUUUGCGGAUUACUGGUGCACAGAACACCAACACAGCGUAAGCUGAGUAAGCCAUGGGGCUUGCCUUAAUAAUUUGUACGGUAUCUUUAUAUCAAAAGGCUGGUCUUACAUCUUAAAGGACAAAAAAUAGACAACAACUUGAAGUUUUAACAAAAACAUUCUAGCAUAGUAUAGAUCGAAACAAGCUUAUAUCAAGUUGAAAACUAAUUGGGUGAUUUAUAAACUUUUUUUGAAACCAGUGAUUGUGGUGAAAAGCAAGUUAUAGGGGAAAAAUAUUUAAAAACGUGCCUGAUCUGAAUAAGACAAUGUAAGGCGUGGUUAAAGCUCUACUUGACCAGACGAGUAAGAUGCAUGUACCAUGCGUGAUGAUGCUCGUCAUCCUGUACGUCGGUUUUCAUUACUACACUGAGGACUAAAUAUACUGACGUCCCAUCCAGGACGACUACACCUCCACGGAAGUAAUAGCAAGAUCGAAAAUUUACUUAGCGAAAACACUACAAGCUCGUCGGGAACACAAGGGGGUGGGGGCCCAGGAAAAUAGGGAGCAGAAGGGGUACGGGAGUAGGGAGAGUGGAGGGUGGGGGGUGAGGGUUCUUAAAGGGUUGGAAGAGGGCCGAAAUAGAAUAGGGCUUCCGUUCACAGCGCCGACCUUGAAAGUACAAUGUCUAAUAUCGGAUAGGUUUCUGUGACACUCUUUGGCAAGUGUGAACCGCACAUUAGUGGGUAACACUUCAUUCAUUAGCAGGAUGUGUUCAAGCAUGAUCCAGGAUUCGAUAAUCGCCAAAAUAGCUGAAACUUUCUUUUGUUUAAUCGAUUGCCUCUACAACAUUACCCAUAGGUGUAUCAUUUUUUCUUUUCAUGUCCUCCCAAAUUUCACUCGUUUUUAGUUGUAUUGAAUAGGUAAACAGAAAAAUCGCUCAGGGGUCUCCAAAGACAGCCGUUAUAUAAUUAGUUCUGAAACAAUUAAACCGCCUAUCAUUUUGCUCCAAGAGAGCUGGUGAGUAACACAACAGCUCUGCCUUUUUGUUUUGACGUAAGCUAAAAAAGAAAACAUCGGCUUGCUUUACUGGCACGAGCCUUAAACGGCAUCUUUUUUUUUUCUUUCUUUUUAGGUCCCCGCACAUUCCAAAGGUCUUGGCUGUUUUCCCAUAAAGAGUCUUACAAACAUAUUUUCACUCCUUAAAACACACGCACAUUCGCCUAUUAGCAUGAAGCCUUGCUACACAAAGAAAAUAAUUACGAAAUAAAUUCGUCGUGUACAGUGAUUAACAACCGCAGAAACUAAAGAGGCCACUUUUAACAAUCGUAAUGAUCUAGAUACUCCGAAAUAAUAAUAUAAUGUGAUGAUCAAAUCAAGGUUCGUGAUAUUUUACGAUUCAAACGGAAGUGAUUGAUACUGCGUGUUUACGAUUAACUUUCUUCGUGACUUCAAAGUACUGCUAAUAAUGAAUAAAUUUUAAGCGCUAAGACCUUUAGGAUUACCUGUACAUUAAGCUACAUUAAAGACCGACAAAGGGUAACCUUGAUGAUUAUUAAAGAAGCUUUAUAACACUAGGUUGGUCAUAUUGUAUUCUUUUUACCUCUUUAGCAAAGAAUUGACAACGAGCUUUAACAACAGUAUUCCACAUGAUACUGGAUUGAAACAGCUUAUUAGGUUGAAGGUAGUUGAGUGAUAAUUUUUCGUUGAAACCAGGGCAUGGCCAAAGCUCGACUUGUUCCCUACACUGAGGUACUAUAUUACCAGGUGUUAACCGUUACCAUAUCAUGCAUGUAUGUCGCUUUUUAUUGACACUUUGACGGAAGACUAAAUAGUAUAGAUUGGCUUUCCACCUCGGAUACCUUACAGAAGGUAAUACCAAAAUCGCAAAUUUACGUAACAAUGAAGCAAGAAGCUCACCACGCGUUUAACAUGGGAGUUGUCAACGGAGAACCUUUUGUCGGAGAAAUGUUCACCUCUGUGCCUUUUCACCGGUGAGAGCUGGACAGUUCCAAGAUGGGAUCUUGUUUGUUGUUGACUCAAAGUACGAACAAAAUUAUAUAGCAUGUAGAUUUAGCCAAGAAUAAAAGCGAAAAUCCCGUCAAUAAAUUUAUAGUUUACUUCAAACAAUAAACUAUUGUAGAGAAAUUCACUUAUCAAUUCUUAACUUUAGGAGAGAACCAUGUGACUUUUGAGGGAGAGCCUCGGUGAUUUUAGAGAAAUAAUAAUCUGCACACAGCAACUUAUAUCGAGUUUACUGUUAUGUUAAGUGUACACCCAAAAAUGGGAAAUUACCUUCGAUCAGACUAGUAGGAUAGGAAACUGGGGACACUUCAUUAGCUCGGGCGAGCCCUCAAGGAUGUUUCGUAAUUUGUUAAUCGUUUUUGCAGCUGCAGUUAUCCUUAGUUUUGGUGGUUCGUCACAAGGAACACCUACCAACCUCAACGUGAAAUCACCUGGUGAUGAUCAGCGACCCCAACAAGUUAAUAACAUCCAAAAUCAGAUCAACAACUGGGGUCUAGGAAACGAUGACCGCAAAAUGUUGAUGGAGAUGAAAUACAAGAUCGACUCUUUGCAUAAAAAAUCGACAUCUAGAGGUAAUUCGAGGUUUAUCUGUGUUUCUAUUCUUCAGAAGUUACUUUUUGUAACGGCCUAGGGAUUUCGCGAAUUGAAGUCAUGGUAUUAAAGCACAGGGAAAUUUAUGCUUAUACUGGUAAAGGUAUUUUAAGGGUGUUGAAAGGGCCGUUUUAAUCAAAACUUCAUUCAUACUAUAGGAAGAUUCGUCGAUUUAGUGCUCUUCAGAAGUAGGACAAAAUGGGUACCAUUUUGCUGUGAAACGUACAUACCUGUAUACGAAAAAGGGCGGGGUAUCUAUUCUGUAAACAUGAUGAAAGAAAGGGGGAAUGAGUUGGACCUCUAGGCGGAGCCUCUCCAGGUAAAUCUUUGCUGAGCACUCCCCCGGGUUUUUUCAAUGGGAAGUGAUGUGUUUAAUCAAGGAUUCUCUUAUAAAAACUUGCCAAACUAUGUCUCGUAAACUUGUAAAGCAAAAUGUGUCUAACUGAAUUCCUUUUUUUAACAGUUUGCCCUGAAGACGGUUGGGUUAGUUUUGCCAAUAACAGCUAUCUCAUUAUUGACAUCCCAACCUUAAAUUGGUCUCAUGCUCGAAGAAUAUGCCAGAUGAUCGGAGGAGAUCUCGCUAUAAUCAGAUCUGCAGCUGAAAAUGCCUUUAUAUUCAAACUGGUAAUAAAACAGUCAACAGUCCAGGAUUGGGGGGUCUGGAUGGGAUUCGUAUGCAAAGCCGACAAUAAGUUUUAUUGGAUAGAUGGCACUGCAAUAGCAAAUGGUUACACGGCUUGGGGGAGGGGCGAGCCGAACAGCGUGCAAGAAAAGUGUGGAAACAUGUUCGGUAAAGGAGGUCGGGCAGGAAAGUGGAACGACAUAUCAUGCUCUGUUGUUUCAGACAACCUGAAGUAUACCCCAGUUAUACUUUGCAAGAAAAAAGCAAACUAA